AUGGCGGACUGUCUCAGGCCCCGCGGCGGCAAGGUGAUCGCCGUGGAGGGGAUGCCACCCAUCGCCGACCACCUCGCGGUGGGUAUCUUGGCGAACAACCUGCAGAACGUGGAUUUGUACAACUACGCUGUGGGCGCGCCUGAUGACCCGAAGAAGGUGACGAUGUCACUCAACCCUGUCAAUAAGGGCGGCUCCGCCGUCAAGGGUAACAAGCCGUUCACCGAGAUGAGCGACGACCAGUUGCAGGAUUUGUUCCACCCGAGCAAGCAUGAACAGAAGUUUGCACCGAGAGUCACUGUGGAGGAGUACGAAGUGCCGCUCACCACCGGCGACCUCAUGCUCCAGUACAAUCCGGCUUUCAAGGCCAUCCUCAUCGCCAAGGUCGAUAUCGAAGGCCACGAGGGCCACUUCCUCAAGGGCUCCCAGCAGCUUUUCUCCAAGUACCCUCCGUGCAUCAUGACCAUCGAGAUGAUCCCGGAGUGGCUGGAGCGCGCCGGAACCCCAGUGGAGGACGUCCUGGACUUGCUGGUCCGCUGGGGCUACGACCACGUCCCCUCGGCCGCCCACCUCAGGGCUUCGAGCGCCCAGGGCCAGACCAAGACCAUCUCGGAGGAAAAAUUUCAUGGCGUGCAUGAAGCGCGUGGAGACCUACGCUGCGGAGAGCAGGGUUCAGGCUAA